AUGUUACUAAGAAGGACACAAAUUGAGAUCUCCUGCGAGAUAUCUCAAAUCAAUUCGCCAACACCCUCAUACGAGUCUCUUGCAGUGUCCACACCAGAUGAUGUCGGCUCGCUCCCAGUCGUGGACGUCAACGAAAUUGAUCAGGGAGGUCGACUUGAGGUCGACAGAGCCAUCUCUAUGUUUCCUGACUUGACCGCCUCCGAAUUUCGCCUUCUUGAUACUAUGCUUGACAGGCAGAUAGAUGUUGAUAAAUACCUCCUUGGCCCGAGUUUUCGAGAACAGCAUCGGCAAACAUUUAUCGAUCAUAUUAAGAUCGGAAUGCCUCUCGUAAAGGAUGCAUUUAUUGCUUGUGCGACGUUACUUGUGGGAAAGGACGAUUCACAAUUGGUAUCAUGCCGAGGAAUCGGCUUUCGGAGAGCUGCAGCGGCCGUUGCUUCCCUACGAGAACUCGAGCUGUACAACUCUCAAGAUGCCUCACUUGUGCUAAUCUUCGGCAUGGCCAUGGUGACGUUUGCCUUACAUCACUCUGGUGGUGAAGCAUCUCUUUGCCGUCGGGUACUUGGUCUUGUCAAGCCCCUCCACGACAACGACUUGUCCUUGAUACCAAAGCUCGGUACUGACGGGGUCUCCUUUCUCAUCUGCCUCUUGGGGACCGAGAUCACCAUCUGCCUACUUCAAUGCCAAGUGCCAUCGAUUCGACUUCGAGAGCAUGAUUUCGAGCAUUCGGUCGACCGUUUCAUUGGAGUAUCCGCAUCGAUACUUACUCAUAUGUACGACAUAUGUGCUCUAUCCCAAAUGAUGCAUGGGUCACAGUAUCGGCGAGGAAAUCUUCUUGUGGACGAAGGCAUUAGCAAUUCACUGACGAAAAUGGAAGAUAAGAUUGAGCAGUGGCAACCAAGUGUACCCAAAGACUUCCUUCAAGGACAUUUCACAACCACGGAGGUUGUAAUAAUGCUAACACAGGCCAAAGUACUCCGCUUGGCUAACUUGCUCGUCGUCCACCGAUUACGUUACGCCUUCAGUACGUACAUGGCGAGGGCCAAGGUUCUAUCCCGUGGCAUCCUUGACGAGCUCAAUUUGGUGCUCUACCUCACGGGGAAAUCGAUGCCAUUCGUCGACCUGGCCUUCUUCAUUGCAUGUCUCGAAAUCAUAACUCCCGAGGAACGAGCAUCUGCACUAGAAAGAUCACGCCAGAUUGUGGACUUCUCGGAGCGAACCCAUGACGAGAUCGAAUCUUGGCUAAUCUCAUUUUGGACUACCGUGGAUAUUGAGAGCCAUCCUCCCAUCUACUGGGAUGAUAUCGGACAGAUAAUUGCCAAGGGCGUCAUUUGA